AUGAAAGGAGGAAGGAAAAAUUUGAAAAAAGCAUCAGAGGAAAAACAUGUAACUCUCGGAGAUGGGCAAUGCAUCAUGCAAGUCGUGUCUCUUCGAGGAUCCAAUCUUAUUGAGGUUAUGGGUGCUAGCGGUGAGAAAUCACUAGCUCUAUUUCCCGCUAAAUUUCAGAAAAGCAUGUGGAUUAAACGAGGAAACUUUGUUGUAGUUGAUGAGAGCGGAAAGAAAGAGGCUCUUGAAUCAGGAAGCAAGGUUGGUUGUAUUGUGUCUCAAGUUCUUUUCUAUGAUCAACUCCGUGCAUUAAAGAAAUCUGCAGAAUGGCCUGAGAUUUUUAAAGAUGAUCUUAAUGAAAGAGUCGCCACCCAACAAGAGAAUUAG